CGGGAAUAUGAUUGGUUCUUAUUUGUUAUGUUCUUUAUAACAUCACGCGUAUGUUUGGAAGAUAAAAUAUUACUAUAUUCGUUACUUUCUUUUACUAGUAAAAAAAUUUCGAAAAUUUUUAACACGUUGAGCGCCGAACUGAUUUUGUUCUACUUUUCGUUUAGGUAGUGAAGAACGAUCAUUCGGCGGGAUAAUUCGGUUAUAUAUAAUAUUAACGAAACAAAUUAUACACGCACAUAUAUCGCAGUAACAAAUGUACAACUGCUGUUGUUUGAGCUAAAUAAUGGCGUAGUUGAUGCAGUAGAAUUUGUAUAUCCGGCAUAAAUAAAAGAAAAUCAAAAAGUUUCCGGUAAAAAGGCGCACAAAGAAAAGUCGCGAUUGUCAAAACGAAAAGUUGACAGUCGGCGGGUGUCUUACGGAUUGACACAUAGUGCUUAAUGUGUUUUUAAUAGUUAAACAAUUGAAGUUUAGGGUUUUUGUUUCUUUUCUUUUCUUUCUUCCUUCUUUUUCAUUCUUCUUGUUUUUUUUUUUUUUGUAAAACACUAGAAAAAUCCGAUAAUAUGGAUAAGUGAUAUACGGUAGAUUAGAUGAUGUGGCAUGCCCAUAUUAAGUGUGUUCGAUUGAAAGCUAAUUCCAAGGAAAUUAUUCUCUUCAUUUGAAGAUUAUAUAUUAUAAAUUAUAAUCAUUGUUUUAUAUUUAUAACCUGUGUGUCAAUGAUGUCGCGUGAAAUUACAAUCAAUGUUUUAUCAUUGAAUUGUUGGGGUAUUCCAUAUGUUAGUAAAAAUAGAAAAGUUCGUAUGGAAGCUAUCGCUGAUAAACUUUCUUCAGGAGAAUAUGAUAUAAUAUCCUUACAAGAAGUUUGGUCUGUUCGUGAUUUUAAAAUGAUUAGAUCUAAAGUAAAAGAACAGCUUCCGUAUUCCCAUUACUUCCAUAGCGGUGUUUUAGGAUCCGGGAUUUGUAUCUUCUCUAAAUAUUGUAUUGAAGAUGUAAUGUUUCAUAGGUGGCCAUUAAAUGGCUAUUUUCACAAGAUACAUCAUGGUGAUUGGUUUGGUGGUAAGGGUGUUGGCCUUUGUAAGAUUAAAGUUGAGGAUAUGAGCGUUAAUGUUUAUGCAGCACACUUACACGCUGAAUAUAAUAAAGUUCAUGACGAGUAUAAAUCGCAUAGAGUUUUGCAAGCAUUCGAUACAGCGCAAUUUAUUAGAAUGACAAGCGGUGGUUCAGAUGUUGUGAUAUUAGGUGGUGACCUUAACGCAGAGCCACAAGAUUUAGCUUAUAGAAUUAUAUGUGGGGUUGCUGGUUUAAUGGAUGCUUGUUCAAGUAACUUUGGUAAUAUAGGAACCGAUGAAUGUGCCAAUAAUAGUUAUACCAGUGCUAGAGUGGCUAGAAAGUGUCCAGAAGGGAAACGCAUAGACCAUAUUUUAUACUUUGGCUCAUCAAAUGUUAAGAUUAGCGCAAUAAAUUAUCAACAACCUUUACCCAAAAGAGUACCCAAUAAAAAUUUUAGUUAUUCCGAUCAUGAAGCUAUUAUGGCAAGUUUGAAAUUGACCAAUGGUAUACACGAAAAGAAUGAUAUUGACGUGAGAGAAACAUUAAAGGAAGCUAUUGGAAUAUGCGAAUCUGCCAUAACAUCUCUACGUUAUCAGUAUUUCUGGUAUUUGUUAGCUGCCUGCAUACUGAUUGUGCCAGUAAUUUGGUCAAUGGGAUUAGACUAUACUACUACGUCUAUAGGUAUAAGUAUAGCUCUUAAUAUCGGUCGUUUAUUUAUGACUGCGCUAUUGUGUUAUGCUUUAUUUAUGAGUGUUAUAUGGAAUAACACAGAAAAUAAGGCUUUGGAAGCAGGUUGUUUAGCAAUGGAAAUCCAUUUGAUGCAGUUAACCAAUAAGUUGUCUAAUUAAAAGCAUUUAUAUUAAUUAUCGUUUUUAUACAAUUAUAUUUUGAUACUUUUACUAAUUCAAAGGGCUGUAAAAAUAAUAUUAACCAAAGACAUUUAGAUUAAUAUAAAAUAUAGUCUAUUAAAAAAUCCGUAUCUUUGACAAUAAAUGAAAGUAUGCAUAAAAUAACUAUUGUUUAUAAAAAUAAACGCGAAAGUAUUUUAAAACGAUCUAUAUUAAAACUUUCAAAAAGAAUACAAAAAUAUGCAUGUUAGAUGUGUAAGUUCUGUAAGUAAUAUUGCAAUUACUAUAAGAUGCAACUAUGGAUGCAUACAAAAUUUGAAGUGAAAAUCAGAUAGGAAAAUAUUGGAUUUGUAGAAAUUAUGAAAUUUCUUGAUAUAUAUAUAUCUCUUUACAAUGAAUGUUGUAAAUAUAUAUACUGAAACAUGAGUCACGAAAGUAUUCGAACGAUAUUAAUUAUACAAACCUUAUUAUAUCAAGUAAAUCAAAUAUUCUAAAGAAAAUAAAUAGAAAUAUAAUGAAACAUAUGAUUACAAAAAUUUCGUCCGGGGUUCCCGGAAAAUAU